AUGAGUAUUUCUAGUAUGCAAGUUAAAAGAAACUUGCUGGGAGUAAAACAAAGUUCUAAAAAAUGGCUGGACUUGUUCUUGAUACUUCACUGGACGGCACUGUUCCUUAAUAUCUUCCUAUUUUUAGGUUGCACUGGUGAUAAGCCCCAGCUUCAUCCCAACGUAACUGAGUUGGAAAUAAACGAAGGAGAAGCCUUGAAAAUAAAAUGCACAAGUAAUGAAUAUGUGAAGUUCUAUUAUCCGGAUCCUUAUCAUCUAGGGAGUAUAAUGAUGUCUGAUUAUGAUAUUUACCCAAAAAAAAUGAGCACUGAAAAAACGUUUUUAAAAGAGUCAACUCUUAUUGGAGACUCCGGUUGUUUAACUUGUAAAGCUUAUGAUGGUGAUAUAACGACCAAGACGAUGAAAUUUUCCAUAAGCUAUAAUAACGGUUGCAUGAGUAAACCAACUGCAAAAAUAGAAGGACGGCAGACAGUUUUUGUAGGCUCUUCAUUGACUGUUACUUGUAGAGUUGAAGUCUACGUAGAAAGUUCUUACAUUAUCUCCUGGAAAACUCCACAAAAUUCGAUACAAGUGGCUGAAAAUGAAAACAACGAUUCCGUAACAUCCAAACUUAUCAUACGAAAUGUUACUUAUGCGGACGAGGGUAAUUACACAUGCCAAGUAAGAUCUUCGUAUAAGGAACAUCGUAGUACAAACAUAUUUAUAGAAGUACACGAUCCAAAUUCUUAUAUUUCCCUAACAUCUAAUAACAGAGACCUAAUAGAUUAUAGCGUUGGUCUUAACGUGUAUCUUACAGUUAACAUUGAUGCUUAUCCACCACCAACUAUUUCGUGGCUUACAUCAAAUGGUACAGAAAUUGUUUUUGAAAAGCCUCGUGUUAUAUUAUAUCAAGCAGAACUCAAGUCUUUUUACAGUCUUAACGAGAGUGCAACGUUUGCUUGCCAAGCCACUGGCCAUCCUGCACCAAAUAUAUCAUGGUUUUACAAAAUGUGCCCAGAUUAUUCAGUGUUAUUUUCUAUGUAUACUUGUAAAACAGUAGAAAUGGAGGGUAAACAAAGUAGAAAUGGGACGUAUUCAGAGUUAAAAGUAAACAUGGAGUCGUUUGGAAAAAUUACUUGCGAGGCUUGCCAUGCCUACGAUUGCGACUCGAAGGAAUACAAAAUUCAAAUUACCGAUGGAGUCGACAAUGCGCCUUACGGAAUUAUAGGUCCAGAAGAAGCAUACAAUGGUGAAAAUAUUACUCUUAUCUGUGCUGCUGUUAAACAUAACCAUCUAUCUGUAACUUGGUUAGAUGACCAGUUCCAAGAGAUAACUAAUUCUGCAAAAGAGCAUGUUACUUCGAAGAAGACUAAUUUUACUAUUCGUAAAGAACUUGUGAUCUAUAACAUAAGUCAAUCAGAUGAGAAAGACUAUCACUGCAGUGUUAUGUCUGAUACAAAGUCAACCAAAAUUAUAAGAUACCAUGUUAAUUAUAAACUGUGCAAGGAGCCUUAUUUCACAAGAGAUAAUAUGAAUUCUACCAGUGCAAUCGUAUUAACACCAGAUGCUCGAAAUAUUAUUUAUUUAUUUUGUUUUGUCGGAGGGUCGCCAAGACCAAACAUUACAUGGUACAAGGAUGAUGCACUUUUGAAUCUUUCGGAAGAUCGAUUGAGCCUUGUAUUUAAUAAUCAAAAAUUAAUUAUAAGAUAUCCAGUGGAAAGCGAUAGCGGUAAUUAUUCCUGUCGUGCUGAAAACCGAUUUGGGAGGAUAGAAAAAAAUCGGAAAAUCAACGUAACAGGUAAACAAAUCAGUACAUUUUGUUUCAUCACAAUUCUUAUUUUACUUUCUGUAUACUUUUGUUUAAAAGUACAACAUGAAAAGAUAAUGAGGAAGCAGCAAUCAGAAGUUGGUUUGGCUUAUUUUAAAGAAGGAGCCGUCGAUUUAAUAAAUCCAGAACUAAAACUCAACGAGCAGGCCGAGUAUCUUCCAUAUGAUGAAAAGUGGGAAUUUUCUAGAGAAAAUUUAAAGUUAGGUGAACAGUUGGGAAGUGGAGCUUUUGGGGUUGUAGUAAAAGCAGAAGCUUUUGGCAUAUGUGCCACGGAGCCUGUAACGAGUGUGGCUGUAAAAAUGGUUCACGAAAAUGCUGAACCAGUUUAUAUCCGUGCUCUUGUAAGAGAACUUAAAAUUAUGAUGAAUCUGGGGCAACAUUUAAACGUAGUAAAUCUUCUUGGUGCCUGUACAAAAAAUAUUGCAAAACGUGAAUUUUUAGUGAUUCUCGAAUCGUGUGCUUAUGGAAACCUGGAAGACUUUUUGAGAUAUCAUAGAGAAAAUUUCGUAGACCAAAUUAAUCCAUUUACAGGUCACAUUAAUUUAUCUAUUAAUCAAAAAUUGAUGGAAACUUUUCCUUUACCCAGGCUCAGAACUCCAACGAUUCUAUUGAGUUCCGUAGUGCCUCUUACUGUGAUGAUUUACAACCAAGUUGGCGUUCUAACUACGAAGGCAAUUAUCAAAACUAGAAUGCUGAAUGUAUCUGCUCCCAUGACCUCCUCACUUGGGCUUAUCAGUGAUGCAAACUUUUCCUUUACCAAGGCUCAGAACUCCAACGAUUCUAUUGAGUUCCGUAGUGCCUCUUACUGUGACGAUUUACAACCAAGUUGGCGUUCUAACUACGAAGGCAAUUAUCAAAACUGGAAUGCUAAAUGCAUCUGGUCUCAUGACCUCCUCUCUUGGGCUUAUCAGGUAGCUCAUGGCAUGGAAUAUCUAUCGAGGAGAAACGUUUUACAUUGUGAUUUGGCUGCCAGAAAUGUUUUGCUAUCUACUAAUAACAUCGUCAAGAUUUGUGACUUUGGUUUGGCCCAGACGUUGUACAAAGACAUCAAUUAUACGAGGCUACACGAUGUAAAAUUGCCGUAUAAGUGGAUGGCCAUCGAAUCCCUUAGGGACGGAGUAUUUUCAACGAAAUCCGAUAUUUGGUCAUUUGGUAUUGUGAUCUGGGAGUUUUUUACUCUUGCAGAGACACCAUACUUAGGCAUGCAAGCCUCAGUAGUAUAUCAAAAACUCAUUAACGGAUACAGGAUGGGCCAACCAAGAUAUGCAACAAAAUAUCUUUACAAUAUCAUGCUCAACUGCUGGGAGGACGAGCCAACUUUAAGACCAUCAUUCACAGAACUAUCCAAAAAUAUUGGUAUGCUUUUAGAUAAAAGUACGAGAGCGCACUUUGAGAAACUGUACCAAGAAUAUGAGAACAUUAAUAAGGAAGUGGACGUCAAAAGAGAAAAUGAUUAUUCGACAAAUAUGUCUUCACCAGACAAGGUAGCACUUGCCCUGCCUCAACAGAACUAUGAAAAUCGAUUGCUGCAUGUUGAAAACCCUAUAUACUUGUGUUUGAACAAUAAUGACUGA